UCAAUUAUUUUGACAAUUAUUAAACCGAUGAUCACGUGAGCCCUUACACCACCACUUUGUUUGUAUUACUCCCGUGAAACUUCUUCUCACUACCCAUUUCCGCCACCUGCAAUCCAUCACAGACGACACUAUUUUCACUAAUCACUACUCGAUCAAGAUGGAGAUUACCAAUGUUAUGGAGUAUGAGACACUUGCAAAGGAAAAGUUGCCCAAAAUGAUCUAUGAUUAUUACGCGUCGGGCGCAGAAGAUGAGUGGACUCUUAAAGAGAAUCGAUAUGCUUUUUCGAGAAUCUUGUUUCGGCCGCGUAUACUUGUUGAUGUGAGCAAGAUAGACAUGACCACAACGGUUUUGGGCUUCAAGAUUUCUAUGCCGAUCAUGGUUGCACCUACUGCUAUGCAGAAAAUGGCUCACCCUGAUGGAGAGUAUGCAACUGCAAGAGCAUCAGCAGCUGCUGGAACCAUCAUGACAUUAUCCUCGUGGGGUACCUCUAGUGUCGAGGAGGUUGCUUCAACUGGUCCUGGUGUUCGGUUUUUUCAGCUCUAUGUGUAUAAAGACAGGAAUGUGGUAACUCAGCUGGUGAAACGGGCCGAAAAGGCUGGUUUCAAGGCGAUUGUCCUCACUGUUGAUACCCCGAGACUUGGCCGAAGGGAAUCUGAUAUCAAAAACAGAUUUGUUCUGCCACCAAAUCUUUCCUUGAAGAACUUUGACGGGUUAAAUCUCGGCAAGCUAGAUAAGACAGAUGACUCUGGAUUAGCUUCAUAUGUUGCAGGUCAAGUUGACAGGUCUCUUAGUUGGAAAGAUGUGCAGUGGCUCAAAUCAAUAACCCCGUUACCUAUUCUAGUGAAGGGCGUUUUAACUGCCGAGGAUGCGAGGAUCGCGGUGCAAUAUGGAGUAGCGGGAAUUAUUGUGUCAAACCAUGGGGCUCGGCAACUUGAUUAUGUUCCUGCAACUAUUAUGGCUUUAGAAGAGGUUGUUAAAGCUACUCAAAACAGGGUUCCAGUAUUUCUUGACGGAGGCAUUCGGCGUGGGACGGAUGUCUUCAAAGCAUUGGCUCUUGGUGCAUCUGGUGUAUUUAUUGGUCGACCGGUGGUGUUUUCAUUGGCGGUAGAUGGUGAGGCUGGUGUCAGAAAGACUCUACAAAUGUUGCAUGAUGAACUUGAGCUUACAAUGGCGUUAAGCGGGUGUCGUUCCCUGGCGGAGAUAUCCCGCAACCAUAUCGUGGCACCAUGGGACCCGCCACGUGUCACUCCUAGGCUUUAGAAUCAUUUGAAAAACAUUCAAGUUUAUGAUAGGAAGGUUGUGCCCAAAUGAACUGAUUGUUGGGGAAAAAGAACUUAGAAUAAUUAUUUGGAGGGUUUCUGGAUUUACAUUAGUGUUCCUACCAAAUCAUAAUAUCAAAUAAAUAGAACUUGAUUAAAUUUGCUUGAUGAA